CUUCUGGUUGUCGCUAGUGUAUGUAAUAUGGCGUCAAUGUUCUAAAAUACUCAUGUAAACAAUAAGUAUAAAAAGAGUUGUACACUUACUUAUUUAAUUUAUGUUCAAGUGAUAUUUGUCUUUAGCUUUAGACAAAGGAUACAGUACAGGAUACUCUUUGGCUUUAGUUUCAGAAAAAUUCGGCCUAUAAUAUCCAUAUUUCGGAAAAUAAAAUAAAUAAUUAUGUUAAAUAACCCGGUAAUUGAAUGUUCGAUUUCAACAUGGUAUUCGGAAUUCACAAAAAAUUCACUAGAGACAGUUGUAUUACAAAUACCAGACAAUUUUUUGAAUUAUUUGGAGCACGAUGCAUUUAUUUUGCCAGUGGAAGCUACUGACAAUAAAAUACGAAAUAUAAAAUGGUCUGAUGGAUCGUCUGGUCAGGAUAACCUAACAGAAGAUUCAGCUCAGCCAACGUUUCCAGAAUUUAGUAAACAAAUUCAAGAUGUUAUCGACGAUUUUGGAGCAGUUUUUGUAAAAUCAAACUGGAGAACACCUUCAGAUGCAAUGUGGGUAGCAGUAACAAAAUCAUUAAAAUGUACGUCACUUGAGGAAGUAUACUUACUCUUAAAAAGUUCUGAUCGCAUUUCACGUGAUAUAUCUGCAGUAAAAGAAUUAGCAAAAAAUAAUAAAGAAAUUCCACCCUGCUUGGUAUUGAAGAAGUGGCGUGAUAUUAAUCCUUGCACAGAAUUCCGCUGCUUUGUUGUGAACAGAGAAUUAGUUGGUAUUUGUCAAAGGGAUGUGACUCAGUAUCAUCGAUAUAUAGAGAAUGAAAAAUACAGUAUACAAACAGACAUUAAAAGUUUGUUUCGAGAGCGUAUAAAGGAUCGAUUUCAACUCAAUAAUUAUACGUUUGAUGUGAUUCGUUAUAAAAAAGACAAAGUGAAAAUAGUUGACUUUGGUUCUUUAGAUGAGUCAUCUAUAAAAGGAACUCUAUUUACUCAUCAAGAAUUAAUUAGUUCCAUAGUAGACCCUCCAGAAUUUCGUUUCAUCGGCGAAGAUAUGGGAAUUCAACCUAAUACUCCAAAUUACUUCUGCAUGCCCCAGGAACUCAAUGAGUUUUUUACCAGAGAAGGCUCUAACGAUAUGAUUGAAAUGAUUCGCAGGGCUGUUGAAACUCAACAAAUCGAAUAAGCGGCUUAUAAUAACGGCUUCUACAAAUAUUAAAUAUUCAACAUAAGCUUUUAAAAU